AAUGUUGAUGACAUGAAUCAAUUGAAGACUACUAAUAGAGAUGAAUCUCAAUGUGAAAAUGUUGAACAACUUAUGGAUCAAUCAAUUGCUUCUUAUUCGCUAAGAAAUCAACCGACAAUCAGUUAUACAGUUAAUAGUAAUUUAGGUGAAAAUACUAAUGAUAGUGAUAGUGAUAAUACUGUUUUUGAUGACUAUAUACAAGAUUUAGAUCAAUCAGAGGAUGACAAUUGUAUGGAUCAAAUGUAUAUCAAAUCUGAAAUUGUUAUCAAUAGUGAGGACAAUGACAAUUGCAAUGAACUAUUGGAGACAGAGAUGAAGAGUUUGGGAUCAAAGAAUAAAACAAAGUUUAAUAAAACUGAUCGUAAAAAAACUAAAACAAGUAUCAAAAAGAAAUUACCGAAGAAAACAGUCAAAUGUAGGAACUGUUUGUCUGAUGGCAUAGACGAGUGUCGACAUCAGUACAGGUGUCGGAUCAAUGGUUGCAACAAACUGUUUGAAUCGGCCAAAGAGUGUAACGAUCACACAGAGAGCAUACAUUCAGAGACAAUACGAUUUCGAUGCGAUGUCGACCCGUGUCGUCAAACUUUUGUCUUGAAGGUCAACUAUGAUCGUCAUAUACGCGAUGAUCACCAAAGGGAACCAAAGUAUAAUGAAUUUGUCAAAGAGAUUAUUGAUGUAAGUGGUGACAAAAAAUACCAGUGCCAUUGGGAUGGCUGCGAAAGGUUGCCGUACAAACACCGAGAGUCAUGCGUUCAUCAUAUAUGCGAUCAACAUUUGUUGCCGCCGAGAGACUACCGGUGCGAUUGGCUCGGAUGUGGUAAAGUGUAUAAAACAAAUCAUGAUUUACGCUAUCAUCAGACUGAACACGAAAACAAGUCCUAUCAGUGUCAACAGUGUCCGGCAAUAUUUGCGUCCGAACAACGAUUAAAACGACAUAUUGAAAGACAUGGAUCUACAUACCAGUGCAAACACAUCAACUGUCAGUUCCAAUCGGGAAACCUCGGCAAAUAUAACCGGCAUCUGCUUAACGUACAUAACAAGACUAAUCAACAAUUACGGUGCGAUAUCGACGAGUGUACCAAAAUAUACCACAUUGCCGGUGAUCUGAAUCGACAUCAACUUCUACGACAUCCCGAUCACUAUCCAGACAUUCCCUGGAAAAGUUGUACCCAAUCUAACUGUACGUUUCAGUCUAAAUGCAAUAGCUAUCUGACACAACAUAUCAAAAAUCACAGUCGAAUAUUUGAAUGUACAAUCGGUGGGUGCGAUAAAUUGUUUACCACUUCAUACAAUCUUAACCAACAUUACAGAAUGGUUCAUCCCGACUAUAUGCCUGACCAACCGUGGCUCAAGUGUCCGGUUGACGGAUGCAAGUAUACCAGCAAAUCGGAUAAGAAUUUGUCAAUACAUAGCAAAACUCAUACGAAACCGUUUAAAUGUGAUAUUUGUGACAAACGGUUUGCCGCCAGAAAUCGCUUGAAAGACCAUCAGAGCGAACACAACGGUACUGUCAAAAGGUAUCGGUGCGAAUGGCCCGGUUGUAGUGCGACAUUGAAAGAAAAAGACAAAUUAAAAUAUCAUAUGGAAAGGCAUACGCGCGACAAAACCUAUCGGUGCGAAUGGCCCGGCUGUGAGCGCACUUAUAAUUUAAAAGGAUCGCUACGCGUUCAGGUUGAUCGUGAUCAUAGGGGAAUUGGCGGCUACCGGUGCCAAUGGCCAGGAUGUGACUAUAAGUCUACUAAUACGAUUAGAUGGAAAAAUCAUUUGAAAAUACAUGAUGGAUAA